UUCGCUCACGCGGUUUCUCCAGACUGGAGUACACCCACGCGUUAUGUUAAAAAAGGGGCCCCAAUGUCCCCCCACAGCUGCCAUGGAGUGUCCUCUCCACAGUUUGGCCGGCCAAACGCCGCUUGAGGCGAACCAAACGCUUGCCUUUUUGGCACCUUGGGCGGCCAUGAGUCAAUCAAAGAACACCCCACCAUAAUAAACGGUCGGUCCGUUCCCCCCCUCGUCAGUCAAUACCUUUUCAAUGGGAUGGUUUGGUGCUGGCCAAAUCCUUCAUUUCGUUUUAUAGUUGUCUUUACGGGCGACAAGAUCUUCAAUUCUAUUCUAUUUUGGCUCAUUCUUUUCAUAUCAGCCCAGCCGAUCGGUGCACUUACACUUGGCGAUAUGGGAUGUACCUUAUCAGUCAAUCAUCUAAACCUUCCCAAGUCUACCUACCCGGGUAAUACCCAGAACGGGAAGUAUCCAGAUAGUUGGGACAUUCACAACCAACCCAGCUUUUCUUUUUGAACAAUCGCCUCGACAUGGGAUAAUAUAGUUCAGUCCUCAACACGAACCACUAGGCCUCCGGCCAGUAAAUCUUGAUUUUCAUUCAGUAGGUACCUAUCAUAUGCAGUGGUUCACUCUUGCCGUUCGUCCCAAUUCAAGAUAGCACCUGUCUCUACAGAGAAUCAUUAUCGUCCCGUCUGUGGAGUCGCGACCCAUUUAACUUCACACCUCUUGCUGCGAAAAAAAACGCUCCACCUCACACCCCCUCCACGUCGUUCCAUUCUCCCCCGGAUUUGUACCGUACGUACCCAAGUAUCCUUGUACCUUGAAGUCCCCUUCCUUCUACAGCCCAGCUAGUCAUCACUACGCUCUCUCGCUCUUUCCUUGUACCAUUACCCUUCCCACUUUCCCGUUUAUCCCGCGCAGUUCAUUCUGUCCGAACCAACACGAAACACCACAAACUCGCCUUUCACGAUAUCGAUCGACUGCUUCCCCUUCGUCUUUCUUAUUACCAGCCUUUUCUUUUGACGUCUGGCCCCCGAACUCGAUUUACCUGUGCCUCCGGAUCUCCGGUCCGUAGUUUUCGGCGUUCCCGAUCGCUCCGUCUCGCCAAAUCGCUCUUCCUCUCGCCAUGUCGAGUAUAUUCUCAUUCAGUGCGCAAUAGAGACGGACGUCUGUAGCCAUUUAGGCCUGCUCAGCAAAGGCGACACCGUCUUUUCUAACACGUCGCGGCCCUUGCGCCCUCUCGUCGAUAGCGUCGAACGUCGCUCGUUUUCUCUUCGACGCCCGUCAUCAUGGCUCAUCAUCAAGCGCGGACGAUGGCUAUGGAUCCGCCACAUAUCACCGAAUUUGCUUCUGAGCGUUACUUCGAAAAGUUAAGCCAGCUCAAUGCACACCAACAUCAGCGUCAACCUCCUCCGACUCGAGAUAAUCUUGAUGCUUCCACCUCGUCGCCUUCGAGAUUUAUUCUUCCUCUACGAGAAACGAAAACCGCCGAUGUUGAACCUCUAAGGCCCCUUGACCAGAAGCGUGAUAAGUCAAGGUUUUUCGGCCUUCGCUCAAAGGUCUCGAUCCUCCACUCUAAAUCGAGUGUCGCGUCUGGUCAUGCGCCUCGAGUUUCUGUUGAGACGCCGCAAAAAAGUGCUAGCUUCGAUCAGCUUUUCCUAGGACUUCCCAACGAAUUACAGAUUCAAAUCAUUUCUGCCCUCCCACUAACCGACGUCCUGAACCUCCGACUUGCCUCCAAAUCGUGGCAUACUCUCGUCACUUUCAACGAAAAUACUAUCGCUCGAUAUCAUCUCGAACAUCAUAUUCCCGUUUACGCCUCCCGCCUCUACCCCAUCACAGACCCGAGCGAGAUCAACUUCCAACAUCUAUGCGGGAUAUGGCAUCGAUUACACGUCGCUGCCAAGCUCGCCUUUCUAAUGUGUGAAUGGAUUACAAAAGAUAUCUUUCUUCGCCAAACUGAAGCUCAACGACUUGCAUUUGCACCCCAGAACGAGCGCAUGCGACGACGCCUAAUACCUCUUCUAUUUACCAUAUUCCACUUCUUCGAGACGUACCGGAAAUUGUACCUAAAGCGUAUGGCUGAGAACGGAGGAAAAGGAUUGAGACGGGAACCUUAUACUUUGAACCCCAUUGAAGCCGAAAUCAUGAGUAUGUACGACGACCAAACCUUAUUAAGGGUUCACGAAGUCUUUCCCCUUGUAAUAUCAUCGUUCUGUCGGAGACUCCGACCACCGACAUAUGUUGGUAGAGUCGAGCGAUCACUUCGUGGUUAUAUUCGGGAGAAACCGUCCGACGACAUGCAUGUUGCCAUUUUGUGCAUUGGUGGACUGCGACAAGUGGAAAGGCUUUGGGAAAUCAAGGGAUACAACAGCAGGCGUGGUGCUGUUGACACAUGGUUUAAUGCUCUCACGAAAGAGGCGCCACCUACUGAACAGUCAACAUCGAAACCGAAACGAGGUCUUUUCGGACGCAAAAAGUCCACUAGUGAAGCUCGAUCGUCUGGUACUGCAUUGAACAAGGUCCGGAGUUCUGGCUCAAUAGAUGGGAACAUGGAUUGGGAAGCCAAUCUUGUCUUCAACACGAGUUUAUCUGCUGGGGCUCCCAUGUCACCUCUUACUUCGCAACAGGCUCAGGCAUUACUCAGCGACCUUCCCGUACUGCAACAAAUAUGGCUCACAACAGCUGAGGCCCUGAUCCUUCAGCGUCGGGUUGUCGAGCGUCCACAGGAUAUCAAACGCAACCAACAGGUCAUGCUGGAUUUGAUCAGUGAAGAUGGACUUGUAGAAGAGGACGAAUGGUGGUACGGCCGCAGCAUUCCCGAUUCUGUGCGGCCUCCCGUCGGUGUCACUGAUGACGAUGCGGAUUAAACGGCACCAGUUUCACUAUAUCUUAGGCAUUCUUCGUUUGUUAUGUUGCUGUUGGCGAGCGUGUUGAGAAGUUAUACCAUUACUUCUACUUGUCGUUUUACCUGGGUACAUGCAUGUGUCAAAGAACGGGUUCUUGAGCAUUUAAACGGCGUUUUUAUCGGUUGCGGAGAAAAGGGCUACUGCGUUGCCGAAGGUGGUACUGGAUGGGAACACUGGCUAUACAUAUUGAUACCGACUGUCUAUACGACAUUAUAUUUUCAUUUAUAUUUCACCACUUUCCUAUCAACUUAAGAUCGAAGCCGAGUGUCUCAAACCCUCAAAGGGCUCUUGUUUCCCUGAAUAGUGAAAAGGACGUCCCCAUCCACUGUUUGCACUAGCCUCAUAGGGUCAAGUUGGCGUGGCUCUUUAUUCAUUUGGAUAGCAGUAUAUUUAUUAUCCUAAGAAGCCUCUACUUUGAUAGGAGGUGGGAAGCUUAUUCUUAAAUCUACUAAAACUGAAAGGAUACGAUGAUCUGAGCAUCAGACCACCAGUCUGUUUAGUUUGGGUUUGGCUUUCUGUGUGAUCUUGCCUAUAAGUGAUAUACAAUCCAUGAACACACACACACAAUGACUUAGCCAAGCCGGAAACCCAGCCUUUCCUCUAAUGAUGCCUCUCUGCUACUUAAAGACACAUGUUUUCUUUGCUUAGUAUCCACACAAGUGAUACUCACGUUACGUUCGCCCUCUUGUGCAAACAUUCCGGUGUCCCUGUCAUGAUUUGUAGGGCGUGAAUACUUGAGCCGUCCUGCAGCCCAAGAGCAGAAAAGGUCCGAUCACAUGGAAUCAGCCGAUUUGGACCACCCACCUCUGCUCCUUGAUAUCUUCUGAUAUUCUCGCUAUCUCUUCAUGGUGUAAAAUACUCGACUACGAAUGUGAAUUUCGGCCAGUGUAUUGUCAAAGCAUGGAUCGCUUCUGAGUUGCUUCGCUGUGCCAGAGUUGCUGUGAUAGUCCGUUCGGACGUAGCUCUGUCUAUUAAAGCUGGGAGCUUAAGACAUGUCUGCCACAGGCGCUGAUACAGUUUUACAAGGCUUGGGAGGUGUUUUGUCCAUACUUGCGAUUGGUGCUGACUCUUCUAAGUGGUGAUGCGACUCAGAAUGGUCCAUGUUUGGUAAGGGUGUUGUCCCAGUUGAACGACGGAGACCUUGUUGCCCGUGUUGAGGAACCAGGGGUCGGCUGUCAAGCCUUUGAGCUUGCCGAGGAGAGCUUGAGCGUGCUGUCUGGGAAAAUGGGCCUGCAGCGGAAUGACCUAAUUGAUUCGACAACUGUCGUUGCUGUCGUUGCUGCCGCUGGUACAAAUCCACUACGGUUACUUCGCGGAGAACAUCCUCCGGAGCCCCGAGGUCCCGGCUAUGUGGCUGAGUAUUCGUUGGAGAAGAUAGACUCGUCGGUCGGAUCGACUGUUCGGAUCUCAAAUCCUGUGGUGAAUGAUGCCGAGGUUGAUGCUUGCGUUGAAGUUGGACGCCUUGAUCUGCUUGGGUCUGGUAAGACUCAUCAAAUUGCUUGAGCCCUUGAUCCUGCUGAUACAAAUGAGAUGAGCUUUGUGGCACUUGCUGGCUCAAACUAUCUCCAAGCCCAAUUGCCUGUACCCCGGAGGCGAAUAUGCCUGAUAUAGACAAUGUGUGUCUGGUAGUGGCACUUGAACGAAAAGCUAUAGCCUCUGCAUCGGCCGAUUGCGAAUAUCUUUCGCUAGUGCCAAGGUUUCUUGGAUUUGUCUCCUGAGACACACAAAGACGCUUGACUUGUUUCUCGUGAGGAUGAUUGGUGGCUAAUUGCGCGGUCCUGGGGGAUGUUUGGGGGGUAUCGAUCACUCGAGUGUUGGUACAGGGACCUUGUUGUGAAUUCUUUCUCUUCUUUGAAGAAACUAGGGCAGCGUCCUGGUGGUGGCUGGGUGGCCCCUGAAGUUCCUGUAUGAUAACGGAACGGCCACCGGCUGUUCGUGCUUUGUUCACCUGCGUGCAACCAGGCGAGCCAGUUGCGCCACCUUGCAUUGUGCUGGCCGCUUCUUCAGCAGGAUCGGGCAAUACUGGGAAAGAAAAGGUGUUUCGAAGAGCACUGGCUGUCUCGGUCACGUAGCUUGAAUCAGGCGUGGAUAUUAGGGAGUUAUACAUGUUUUCCCUCGUGGUUGGCUCAUGAGAUUGAGGCCUUGACUCCCUAAGAUGAGAGUCUGAUGAGUUAAAUGAGGAAGAAGCAGGCUUAGCAGGCAGUAGCCUGGGCUUGUUCCUUGAUCCCUUAGGCCGACCACGAGGCCUUCCUGUACUCUUCGUGCGUCUUAACGUUGUAACCGAAGAAUUUGGCACGACCAGUGCAGAUGUGCUAGUUAAUUCGGCGGGUGUAAUCGAUGGACCUGAGGUGCUUCUUCGGGCUUCCCCUGAAACAUUUAUCAAUCUCGGCAUAAUUGAAGGAGCGGCAGCUAUAGAAAUUUGGCCCUUCAUAACACGGGGAAGUAGCUUACUCGGGCUUUGGUUGUUAGAAGCACGUGAUAGAGGCAUAUCUGAGCCUGGAUUAUUUGCAACAGAGUCUGGUGGUGCACCCGAGCAUUUGACAAGUGUCGAAAGCUGCGUACCAUUCGUUUCAUCGGGCCUCAUAGCCAGGGGAACGAAGGCAGUACGCUUAAGAUGUAAAUCUGCGUGUACUAGCUUUUUCGUACUCCCUUUUGGCCUACCUCGUGGUCUCCCUGUUGAGGGUUUCGAUGGCCUUUUCGUAGUGCUGUUUUCAGCAAAAUUUGGAGGGAAGAUUUCCGAAAUCCACGAAAUAAAGAGAUCGCCCGAGCUUUUCUUCGAGCCACUUUCAGAGGACCCCCCGUCAGGAGACGGGAGCCGCCGAGUGGCACCGCCGAACUGGGUAAGGGCACUGCAAAGCGUUUCUACGACUGUAGUCGGGUGCAGCUUUCGUAGGAGUUCAAGAAGUCGAUAUUGCUCUGCUCUGACCUCUUCCGGUGGAAGAAUUGUUGCCAAGAGCUUCGUAAUGGCAGGCUGUUCUCUGUUAGUCUCCUGUGUGGGAUCUGCUGGUGUGGCAAAUUCGUUCGACGGGUUCAUGCUGACGUCCUGUGUCGAGUUCGCAUCUAUAAAUGGACCGUCCUGUUGUUCAUGGUUGACACCGGGUGCGACCUCUCCUUUAGUUGAUUCUGCUAGAAUUUCUGUUUCAAUAUUUUCCACACUGCCUGCUUCCAUCAAUGAAUUCUCUUCAAGCCCUGUGCUGGCUUGUGCAGAUCCCGUCUCUGCUCGCCGCUCUUCAUAUGGCAUAACAGUCCUGAGGGGUGGAGGCUGAGCAACUGGCCCGUAAAUGUCUGCAAUUACUGAAGGGAGAUUUGAGAGAGAUUGUGAAGGAGUGCGAGCAGCCGCUGUGUGUGGUGGCCGCGGUCUCCUUGGAUAGCGAUACCCUUGAGCACUUGCAAGUUUGGCAGCAGCAGCAGUUCUUUCACUUGUACGCUUGGCCGCAAGGUCGCGCUCCGUUAUCUGCGGCUUCUGGAGGCGCAUAUGCAUAACACUGAAGUUACCUUGCUUCAUGUUCGUCCUGCCCUUAAGCUUGCUUGGCACUGCGGUCCUGAUACGACCAUCGCGAUAUGGGUUAAGGCUGGCAGCCGGCACUUUGUCCUCUUGCGGUGGGCCAGGGCUAGACGAAACAGUUUUUCCAUGAUCCGGAGCAUGGAAUGGAUUCAUCUGGAGAUCAAACAAGGCAUUGCCUACUUGCCAAUCCGACCCGGUGGCUCUUUGUCCAGGUGUCACGGCGCCUGUCGACGCUGUAGCGGACGAGGCACCGGGGCUUGGGCCU